AUGGCGUUACUAGACUAUGCUAGCGGCUGUGUAGUUGCCAUGUACGGCAAGGAUUGCGUAGCCAUAGCUACGGAUCAUCAUUUGGGUACAUCUGACCAUGUGAUGCCGGUACAUUUUGAAAAAAUAUUUCGCGUUGAUCAAAAACUAUUUAUGGGAUUGAUUGGACUGCAAGCAGAUAUUUUGAGAGUUCGUAAUACUGUUCUUAAUCGUAAGAAGUCUUUUGAAUGCGAUCAAAUACGAAAAAUGACAGUUGAAGGUUUUGCCAAUCUUACAUCAAAUUUCUUAUAUGAAUAUCGUUUUGAACCCUUUUAUGUUGAGACUAUCAUAGCCGGACUUAAUUCAAUCACAGGUGAACCUCUUAUAUGUGGUAUGGAUUUACUUGGUUGUCUAAGCUAUCCACCGGAUUACAUUAUAUGUGGAAGUCCCAACUGUCAGGCAUAUUCAUUAUCUGAAAUGUUGUGGAAACCAAAUCUUGAACCAGACCAAUUAUUUGAGGUUAUCUCGCAAACAAUAUUGAACAGCUUACUGCGUGAUACUAAUAGUAGCAACGAUGCUACUGUACAUGUGUUGGAGAAACAUCAACUCACUACCAAGGUUAUUACGAAAGGUUCUGAUUAG